AGUGGACGGACUAGGCAGUCCGCGGGUCAUUCAUAGCUUCACUUGCUGGCUGAUAACAGGUGUUAUUCUUCCUUAUACUGAAGAGAAGAAACUUAUUCUUUUUCAGGAUAAAUAAAAAUGGUGCAUUUGGCCUGAUCAUCUCUGAUUGAAGCUUUUACGCAAGAAAUCAAGACUCGGAUAUUUUUCAUCACAGAACCAGCUCAGCAAUAUUUGCGAACGGAAGAUAAAUCCUCAGUGCGACUCUGUUCCUUUUUUCAUAAAAAAUAAUUUUCAAAUGACAAGACAGGGAAAGCUUAACACAGGAACAUAUUACCAUGAACGUGAGGUUUUAAAACUAGAUAUAAAACAUUCUACAAAAAUUGCAGUUGUAUUGAUUAUUUAAUGGUCCCGGGAAAGGAGUCUCAAUCAUUUUCUUCUCAUCUAACUUUCAUCUCGGUGAAAAUGAGGUAGAUGAAAAUCUGUGGUGUGACUAUCUUCACGACGUGGCGCCUUGUCUGUGUUUCAUUUUCAUCUUCUACGGAGUAUUAUUGAUUGGGGUCAAGAGACGUAUCUCAACAAAAUAAGGUUCGUCAAUGAAUGCAUACAUCAGGCGGUGAAAGAACAAAGUGUUCUGAUUUCUCACAAGGUACUCCAAAUUGACAUUUUCCACAGGCAUUCCAGAGAGCCUUUAUUUUACAUUUUCGAAUAUCGAAAAAAAGCUGAGAGAUGUAAACAACAAACUUGAGAAGUUGAGAAUGCUGAGCGAUCUCGUGACUAUUCUCAUAUUGCUGUUUCGACACGUCAUUCAUACUGAACGUUUCUAAAUUAAUCGAGGUUUCUUUCAACUUCAUUUUGCCACAUUUACCUAAGGACGAUAGUAAGUAAGAUAACUAAAUCUAAAUAGUCAACCAGGUCCAAGUCUUUGUACGGUUGGGGUUAUAUUUGUGGAUAAUCUUUAAAUAUUGAAUAAAUGGCUUUAUCGCGUGUUUACCAUUAGUAUAAGAAUAAUAUCAACAUGAUCAAGAACGAGCUAGAGAUCAUUUUCUGAGUUGGGACGCGAGCCUCAUUUUGUUCGGUUAAAUCUUCCUGAUGGACAACUUGAUUUAUUCCUGUAAUCUGAACAGACUUGCUAUCCUCUGAUAUCCGCCGCGAAAUUCAUUCCCGAUUCUCUUGCAGAAUGGACUUGAUUAGAAUCUGGAUUAAAUUCUUUCCGCAACGUAUCACUGCUAUCCCUCAUCCCAUUUUGUCGCAGAUGGUAACUCGAUACAGGUAAAUGCACUCUCUCACCAUAAAUAUAAAUUGACAACAAAGCUCUAUACUACUCGAAAAUCACCUAUUUUGAUAUAAUAACAUCGUAUCAUAAUAUCUCAGAUACACGCGUGACACUCAACGCAGUGAGUUCGACUGACUGAUAAUUAUCAGAAGAUUACGAAAUGGCGUCCAAUGUUAGCGAUUCGGAUAUGGGGUCAUUCCCUUCUGUUUUAUUAAUUUUUGAACUAUUGAUAAUGAGCAUUAUAAACCUAGCUGCAAUCAUUGCUAACACGCUUGUCUUAGUAAUCUUGAUUAAGACACCUGCUCUUCAUACCCUCACACAUCUCUUUGUAGGUAAUCUAUGUACAUUGGAUCUUCUUUGUUCGAUUACUGUUAUUCCAUUCUCAAUUGCAUCCUAUGCUAUGGGAGAAUGGCACCUUGGUCAGGUAUACUGUGAAAUCAACGGCUUCAGUAACACUUUCUUUGCCAUUGCCUCCAUACUGACUUUAAGUGUGAUCAGUGUUGAGCGAUAUUACUCCAUUGCCCACCCAAUGUCCUAUGCAACAAAGAUGACAAUGAAUAAGACAAUCCUACUGAUUAUUUAUAUCUGGGUACAGUCUGCUGUACUCUCCGUUCCGCCCUUGAUUGGUCUUAACUCUUAUAACUUCAACGCUAAUAGAGGACAUUGUACAUUUGUGUGGGAGAAAUCUGUAAGACAUAUUAUUUACGUGGUAAUGUUGGCAUUAUUAUGUUUCAUUAUUCCUGGUUUAAUAGUGAUUGUAACUUACAUCAAUGUGUUUCAGAUAGCCCGAGAAGCGGCACGACAGGUGUGCCCGGCACCAUCAGUUGAGAACUAUGGUUCGACAACCAGGAGAGAUGUAGCCUCGGUUAGUCAAACAAGGGGAGGUGGUUCCAAAUCAGAUGACAAAGGGGAUGUUACCCCUACGUCACCGGGGAAAAAUUGCUUCUCAGUAAAGAGAUUGAGAAGAAAAUCAAAGCAUUCAGAGUCGUCGCAAAGUGGAGAUCUAAAAGCUGCAAAGACAAUUCUCUUGAUCGUCGGUGCAUUCUUUUUACUCUGGACGCCAUUCUUCGUUCUUCAUAUGUUUGGAGUAAUUCAUGGUGUCUUUCGUCACCAAGAUUCUUGGGAGCGGAUCACUACAUGGUUUGCCUACUCUUCCUCUGUAGUCAAUCCUUUUCUUUAUGGCAUGCUCAAUCGCCACAUCCGCGAAGAGCUAUCUCGAAUAUGGGAGGUUUGUUCAAAUUUCAUACUGCGAAAGAAACCGCAGGAUGAAGAUGACUUCCCAGGUGGUGCUGAAGACUUCUUCCAAUUCUUAGAACGUACCACCACCACAACAACAACUGGAAGCUCUCGUACCACUGGAGCAAAGAUAGCAGAGCUAGAAGCACAUAGGAUUCCUGGACAGAUCGAUGAAAUAUCUGAAGGCUAGAUAGAUCAACGAAUCUGCAAUAUAAAACUCUGACAUUUUUGAAAAUGUUCUGUGCAUUACGAAAUAUUUAUGUUUAACUUUCGCUUCAUGUUUUUAAAAUGCAAAAAAAAUCAAAUUGGUUUGUUUAUUGUCUGUUUAUUUCCAAUAAGUUGUAUAUUAUCUGACAUGGUAUGAUCUUGCCUGUUUGACCACGGGACCCGUGACUACCCCAGCAUUACACAACUGACUUGGAGUGUUACCAUAGUAGCAACACAAUACGAACCAAUCUAAGUUGUAUAAGGUGAACAGACUCUCGUAUAAAAUCAAUCUAACAAGAUCAAACAUUUAUCAUAGGAUACAAGCAUAGCAUGAGCCACAACUGACUCCAUUUCAGUUGAAACUAUCCAAAUUUUUAUCCGAAUUCUGGUUACUUAAUUCAUUGUUUAUCAGUUGUUUGUACCAUAUAGCCCAGUCACAUAAUUUUAUUGUAAUUUCGUUACUUUGAGUAGCACGUCAAUUUUGACUGGAAAACUCAAAUAAAUAUGAACAUAUUCGCCUUUAUUCUCGGCAUGGUCAACUCAUAUUGAUGGGAUUGUUUGAAGAACUUAUUUCGGUGUUUAGUCUUCCGGUACUGAUGCCAUGUAGGUCGAAAAAAUAAGUGCCAGUAUCGAACCUAAUUUCAUUGUAUACUUAUGAGAUUGGCUGAUCAAUUAAGGAUGCAGCAUAUGUCUAUUCGUUAUUAUUUAAAUCCCACUAUUUCUAGGUGUAGAUAUACAAGUGUGCAAGUUACUAUACAUUUUAUACAUUUUAAACAAGAGUUUAAAAUCUUAAACAACAAAGUUUAAAUUCAAAUAUUUGAUAAUGAAUAAUUUGAGCAUGGUUGUUUAGGAUUUAAAACACUUGUUUAAACAACUACUUUGCGAUUCACAUGGUAAACAGCGCGUAUUAAAUGAUUUUAACAGUCUGGUAUGCGAGCCUGAAGAAAAAUGGUUCUGAAAAUACUUCAUGGUACAAAAAUCUUGACAAAAUAGAUUUUAUCAAUUCACUUAAAAAAUGAAAAUGACUCAAUGUCACAUACGUGACUAAAUGCUCAUAACAUUUUUUUUCUGUAAAACGUGCUUUUUCUUCGUGUAAACACUCGAAUACAUAUUUAUAUUCGAAUAAAUUGGUGAAUAUUUGAUAUAUACCGACAACAUACUGUAAUCACAAAGAGGAAGAGAAGAUUGUUGUCAUAUCAUUCACUUGAUUAGCAUAGUUGGUUUUCGUUCACGAUGAAGACUGAAACCGAGUGGAAGCAAUUUAUUCUCUGGAUGAAGGACAAUAAACUUCUUGCAUGAUUUCAUUCAUCUCAAGAUGUAUGCUCUAUUGAUUCUGUUAGCAUGAUCAGUGAAUAAAGAAUAUAACGAAUUGAGUAUUGGGAAUGAGGAAAGGACAGCUGUAUGCUUGAAUAGAUUCCAUAAAAUUGUCAUAUUAAGCAGGGCCCUGGGAGAACAGUUUUCGGAACAGAAAUGGCUACCCUGGUAAAACAUGAUGUUAUUA